GAAGUUUUUAUAAGUUGCGGAAGUACACAGUAGUUGCUACCUAUCUAGCUAAUUCUUGACCUGUCUGAAGCUUUACUUGAUGGUUACAAAGUCUACUAAACCUAAAAUUGAAUGAAAUACUUAUUCAUAUAUUUUGUCGGUUAAAUCUACAGGUUUAUUUUCUCAACUUGUCUUGUGGGAGAAACGUUCUGAUGGCGGCCCACACUGAUGUUAGUCUGACCCCUGAGGAGCGUGUCCGGGCCCUGACUAAAAAGGGCAGCUAUGUGGAUGUGAAUGACGACGUGCCACCUAGGAGGUACUUCAGGUCGGGAAUGGAGAUGAUCCGGAUGGCCAACAUCUACACAGAGGAGGGGAACACUGAGCAUGCCUUCGUACUUUACAACAAAUACAUAACGCUCUUCAUUGAAAAGCUUCCCAAGCACAGAGAAUAUAAAACCGCCAACAUUCCAGAGAAGAAGGAGACUCUUAAGAGGCUGAAGGAGGUCGCCUUUCCUCAAGCAGAGGUGCUGAAGAAAGCUCUCCUCAAGAGAUAUGAGCAAGAAUAUGCCCAGUUUAUCAUCCGAAAGAAAGCAGAGGAGGCUGUUUUUGCCCAACAGCAGUCAAAGCAGCGGGCUCUGGAUGCUGAACGGGAGCGUGUGGCGGAGCUUCAGCGACGGCAAAAAGAACAAGAACAGUUCAGCGCCUUUGAGGAGAUGAUCCGGCGCCAGGAGCUGGAGAAGGAGAGGCAGCGGGUCCUCCAGGAGUUCCACGCCCCUGGCACCCCUCCCCCUGACACCCCUCUUCUCCCGGGGAUCCAGGGGCCCCCCUUGCCCCAGGCUGUGUCCCCCACACCACCUCAGAGUCCUGGGGACAACACCAACCACCGUCGGCCUCCAGGGGGCAGCACCUUGCCCACCGCACCUCCCACCUUCGACCGGUCGCUGAAACCAGGAAGCCUGAUCAGCCCCAGCGGGAGCAACAAUACAAUGGAUGGCAUUCGGCAGCUGGCUGUCCCCUCAGAGCUGUGUAAGAGCUUCCUGAAGCUGGCUGAAGCCAACACCCACCGCGCUGUGGAGACCUGCGGCAUCCUCUGUGGAAAACUGCUGAGGAAUGCCUUCACGGUGACCCAUGUGGUCGUGCCAAAGCAGAACGGGGGACCAGACUACUGUGACACGGAGAAUGAGGAGGAAUUGUUCCUGAUCCAGGAUCAGUAUGACCUCAUCACCUUGGGAUGGAUCCAUACUCACCCCACCCAGACAGCGUUUCUCUCCAGUGUGGACCUUCACACACACUGCUCCUACCAACUAAUGAUGCCUGAAGCCAUCGCUAUCGUCUGUUCUCCUAAGUUCAACGAGACCGGGUACUUUAGACUUACUGACCAUGGCAUGGAGGAGAUCUCUACAUGUAAACAAAAAGGCUUCCACCCUCACACCAAAGAACCUCCCCUUUUCACUGGAGCAGGACACAUCACCAUUACUGAUGACCGAGUGAACAUGCUGGACCUGCGGUGAUUGGACCCCUCCCUCACAUACCACUGACUGACUGGCUGGUCAGAAGGCUGACUGGCUGGUCAGAAGGCUGACUGGCUGGUCAGAAGGCUGACUGGCUGGUCAGAAGGCUGACUGGCUGGUCAGAAGGCUGACCGGGCUGGUGAGAUGGCUGACCGGGCUGGUGAGAUGGCUGACUGACUGGUCAGAUGGUUGAUUGACAUUAGGCAUUUUCCUGGACACAACAAUGAAGCCUAAUUUUAAGUAAUCUUCUAUUGGAGGAUGUCCAUUAUGCUCUUUAGUCCCCGGCUAAGCUGUAAAUCUUACUCUUGAAGUGCCUGUCUUGGCAAUCAGGACAGGAAGUGAUUGGAGUAAGUAGGUGGACUCCUUACCUUGUCCUGUUGUCCUCAUGCACUUUGACAGCAGACCUUCAGGAGAUGACCACACCCCCUUUCUUUUUUAAUUAUGAUACAAUAUGUUUUUAUUCCAGAGAUAACUGUGUGUAUCACUGUGUCUUCAUGACUAGGCCAGCUGCCCAGAGACAGUUAACUGUGUCAUGUGCUUUUUGCUAAGAUGUGUCUGCUUGGUUUCUUUGUUAGUAACAGAAUUUGACUUGUCCCAAACACAACUUUAAUAUGGAGACCACAGACGGGUUGGUGGGUGGGCAGACGGG